GCGGUUGGAGCCCAGGUGUAGGUGCCGCUAGGGAGAGGGGGGGAUGGGAGCCCUGCGGCUGCUGGCGGUAUCUCUCGCCUGCUGCUGGUGGCCGCCGGGCAGCCAGGGUAAGACCCUGCGGGGCAGCUUCAGCAGCGCCGCGGCCCGAGACGCUCAGGGCCAGAGCAUCGGCCACUUCGAGUUCCACGGUGACCAUGCUCUUCUGUGUGUCAGAAUCAACAACAUAGCAGUAGCUGUUGGAAAAGAAGCUAAACUUUACCUGUUCCAAGCCCAGGAAUGGCUAAAGCUACAGGAGAGCAGUCAUGGUUAUAGUUGUGGUGAAAAAUUAUCCAAAGCUCAGUUGACAAUGACCAUGAAUCAGACUGAACAUAAUCUGACCGUGUCCCAGAUUCCAUAUCCACAAACAUGGCACGUGUUUUAUGCAGACAAGUAUACGUGCAAAGAUGACAGUGAGAAUUCUCAGGCGGAAGAUAUCCCAUUUGAAAUGAUGUUACUAAACCCGGAUGCCGAAGGGAAUCCAUUUGAUCAUUUUAGUGCUGGAGAAUCUGGGUUACAUGAGUUCUUUUUCCUCCUAGUCCUGGUGUACUUUGUGCUUGCUUGCAUUUACGCUCAGUCGUUGUGGCAGGCUAUCAGGAAAGGAGGGCCCAUGCACGUGAUCCUCAAGGUUCUGACAACCGCGCUGCUACUGCAAGCCGCCUCGGCUUUAGCUAAUUAUAUUCAUUUCUCCAGUUACUCCAAAGAUGGAAUAGGGAUACCUUUUAUGGGAACUUUGGCAGAAUUUUUUGACAUUGCAUCCCAAAUUCAAAUGUUAUACCUGCUUCUGAGUCUGUGCAUGGGUUGGACGAUAGUCAGAAUGAAGAAGUCUCAAAGCAGGCCUCUCCAGUGGGAUUCAACUCCCGCAUCCACAGGCAUUGCAGUAUUCAUUGUCGUGACACAGAGUAUUUUGCUGCUAUGGGAACAGUUCGAAGAUACCAGUCCUCACAGCUACCAUUCACAUCACAACUUAGCAGGGAUCUUGCUAAUCAUUUUAAGGAUUUGCCUAGCGUUGUCAUUAGGCUGUGGACUCUACCAGAUCAUCACAGUGGAGAGAAGCACGCUCAAAAGGGAGUUUUACAUCACGUUUGCCAAAGGCUGUAUCUUAUGGUUUUUAUGCCAUCCAGGUCUUGCAUGUAUUUCUGUCAUUUUUAGUGACUACCAAAGAGAUAAGGUUAUUACAAUAGGUGUUAUCCUUUGCCAGUCUGUUUCCAUGGUUAUUCUCUACAGACUCUUUCUGUCCCACAGUCUAUACUGGGAAGUUUCUUCACUUUCUUCAGUAACACUACCACUGACCAUAUCAUCUGGACACAAAAGUCGGCCUCACUUCUGAUACUUGAUUUUCUUUAAAGGAAAAGUGAAUUGAUUUCAGAGUGCAAUAAGGAUCCAAAUACAGUGACUUUUUUUUUUUUUCAUACUUUUGCUAUGAAAAACUGAACCCAGAAGGCAGAGCAUGGUAUUUAUACAGCUGCAUUUAAGCAGUAGCAAACU